AGAAGGAAGGGGGAGGGGAUGUGACCGAGCAGACGGCUCUGUUCUUUAAACGCCUCUUUUUUUAGGUCCCACAAUAUGGUGUGUGCCACUAAACACUCCUGAUGGAAUUUAAUGUAAUUAUCGGAUUAAAGUCCUGCCUCUCAGAAGCUGGAAUUAUUAUUCUUCUUUUUUACUCUGCCGACUGAGAUCGUUUUGUGCUUUUUAUGCACACUGUGGUGGUUUAGUCUGAGUUGCACUGGUCAUUACGUUUUCCAGUACAUAUGAAUUACUCCGUCUAAAAGUGGAGCGAUUACGCACGGGUUCUCCAAGACGCACGGACUCUCCAAAACGCGCGGUCUCAUUGGACUGAAGAGGAGAUGCCAACUUCAAAGCUAACAAAAUAAUAUUAUUGUAGUAACUGGAACUGUGAUUCUCUCAGGAGUUACACCAAACAUAUCCACAGACAUCCAUCUCUUCUGUUAUGUCUGUCUCCUCUCUGCCGGAAUGGAAGCAACUCCUGCUGGACAAGAAGAGGAGAGAGGAGGAGGAGCGAGAGAGGAGAGAGAAAGAGGAGGAGCAGAAGUUGGCCAGCAUGCCUGCUUGGAAGCGAGGGAUCAUCCAGAGGAGGAAGGCAAAACAAGAAGUGAUGGGCGACAAAGACAGAGAGAAGGACAGAGAUGUUUGUUUUGUUCCGGUGGACUUCAGGUCGUCCUCUGAUGGUCUGAGUGACACAGACAGCUCUGUCACGCUCACUGUGGGAAGUGAUCCAUCGCUUAGUCCAGAUCCAGGACACUGGCUGGAUGCAGACACCAAAUCACUGUGUCAGGUUUCUGCAGAGACCAUCGUUCCCAUCCAUGAAAAUCCAUUCAUUCGCACACAGAGUGUUCGGAGAAAGAGUAGGGAUGCUGAGGCUAGAGGAAAUGACCCAGAUGUCAAAGAAAAACAGAAAGACGGGCAUAGCCCCAGAGGCCGUGAUGGAGAGCCAAGAAGGGGGAGAGAUAUUGAGCUGAAAAUCGAGAGGUUUAGAGACGUGAGCGAGGGACGAGAUACAGAGAAAAACAGGGACAGGAGCCAAGGAAGAGACAAGACUGAGGGAUGGGAAAAGGAGGUACACGAGGAGCAAAAUGACAGCAGGAAAAAGGAGAAAAGCCAAUGGAAAGAGUCAGUCCAAGAUGAGAAAAAGAGGAAAGAAUUCCAGAAAGUAAAGAAAGACGAGGAGAAAGACACAGAACCUUCCAUCCCUGCAUUUGCACCCCCGAUCACUUGUCUUCACACCAUCCGGGCUAACAACAUCAUCAUUAUUGGAAAGGAUCGGACAGGUAGCGAUGAAAGGAGGAGUGGGUGGAGGGAGACAGAGAGGGAGAAGCCUAAGGAAGACCAGCAUGGGAAAACAGGGACAAGGAUGGACCUCAGGGAGAUCCUAGCAGGAGGAGGGAGUGUCACUGAGAUCCGAGCUUCAGAGGUUCUACUCAUAAAGCCGCCUGCCGGCUCUGAAGAAAAGAAUACAGUUAUCAGAGAAAAGGCUUGGGGUAGAGAAGAGGGAGAGUGCCCUGUGGAUGAAAAGAGGGAUAGAGAGAGCAGUAAGGAGCAAGAGAGACCUCGGGGUCAAGCAACAGUCAUUAAAGAAGCCAAGAGGGAAAGAGGUGAUGAUAAUGUGUUUGUGGAAAAAGGAGGGAGGGUCAGCCAGCUGCUGAGUAAAUUCGGACAACGUCGCAAUCCUCCAUCUCGAUCCACGAGUUCAGAUAAUUUCCUCAGACCUGCCAGGAGAAAAUCCUCAGAGAAUGAUGAGGAUGAUGAUGAGCACCACCAGGUGUGGAUGGCAGAUUGGAGAUACACAGCGGUAGAAAAUGUGCCCAAACGCUCAUUUAGCUUCUCUGACCGAGUCAUUUGUGCAAAGGAGAAUGGGUUGGAUGAAGGUUACCAUGAGAGAAAAAUGCAUGAUAGGAUACACUCGGACAAAUAUGUGGCCCCGGGGUUACACGGAACAGGCUUGUGGAAAAAGGAAACGGCGGCAAAAAACAAACUUGAAUGUCAGCGCCAUUUAACCAAACAUGGAGAUGGAAUUUCAAAGAAUGACCACCACACAGAAAUAAACAAGGCAGAAACACUCAUUCCCAUUCAACAGAAAACAGAAGUGAUGACUUGUGUGAAUGCAGGUGACAGGAGUGCGUCAGAGAAGACGGACAGUGCAGACGGAGAGAAGGGCUUCACAGUAGCAAUGGUCAAAAACAGAGAGGGAAUCUCAUUUGCCAGAAGAGUGGCCAUCAGGCAGGAUGGGAAAGCAAGAGCAUCUGAACGACAGGUGAAAAGUGCAGAAAAAGAGCAGAUUGUAGAGACAAAGACCGAGCAGGAAGGAAUAACUGAACCGCUGGUUGGUGAUAUUUGGAGAGAAGAGGAACUGGACAGGAGAAUCCCGGGUCUUGUCAUGGAAGCAUCAGGAGUGUGCACCAUUCCAACAACAUCUGGUAAUGAUCUCUACAGCCAUGAGAGCUCUGAUCUUCUCUGUGAAGUAGCAGAUUGCGCUGGAGAUUCCCACAGACAAUCCAUUCCAACACUUUCGUCCAAACAGAAAGAGGAUCUUUGUAAAAGUGAACAAACAGAAGAAACAGCUAUUUGUGGCAGUGAUGAAGGAGAAACAUCUUAUGGGGCUGCUCGUGAAACAACCAAGGAUAGCAGACAGGAGGUGGAGAUUUACGGCGAGAACAUUAUUCAUGAUGUAACCCCCAAGUUGUCAAAAAGGAUUAUUACCCCUGUGGGGAUCCCUCCAGGGCCAUGCGGAAUUCAAAUCCCCAGAACUGUGUUUUAUGUUGCAGAGGAAAUGAUGGAGAGGAAAACUGUGAGCAGCCAAAGUGAGGAGGUGCAAGACUGGAAAGGAGGGAGAGGGAAUGAGAAAAGGGAUAGUUGGAGAAUCGGAAAACCGUUGAGUCGCAUUGAAUCUCUUAGGGAGAAAAUCAGGCAGAGAGAGCUGGAGAGAUUGAGAGAAAAAGAAGUACAGGAUGGAGACAGGAUCGAGGCGGUAGAGGGUGGUGAUGCUCUGGCAGCACUUGAGAGGGGAAGUGAAAUAGAGGACGAGUGGGAGGCUGCAACUCAUGUAUGCAAGAGAGUGCUGGAACCAGAGAAGGGACAGGAAGGCCUUGCAGCACAGACAUCCACGACUGCGUCUGACAUCACGCGGGACAGCAGCGUGUUGAAAACCUGCCCUCAGCUUCCUGUUUUUGCCGCCAGUGGAGAGGAAGCAACAAGCGGUUACGCCACUGCUGUUCUUGAAGCUAUCGCCGGCAGCUUCCACGUAUCUGAUGAUGAAGAUGACCCACUGAAACGUGAGGAAGAGCAGUUGAGUGACCACACGGACUGGCAGAGAGAUCGCGACACCACAAAAGACGAAAGGGAAGAGGAAGAAGAGGAGCUCUCAGAGAAGGAGGACGGUGAAUAUACAUCGCUUCUUGUUCCUUCACCAAGUCUGUCCCCCUGUCUACCUCAAACCAGCUCUCUUCCAGCCAUGAGUCGGAUCUACAACUUAGAAGCUGUUGGUUCACGAACAGGUUUGGGUUUGCGGCAGAGGACUGGAGAGAUCCCAUCAGUGCACCUUGUUAAAGUAAAACCCAUUGUGUCAAAUGGAAGACUGGAACCACGUCUCAAUGAGACAUGUGAGGCAAAACAAUUACAGGCUGUGGCAAAACAUAGAGAAAACAAAGUACUUUCGAGUGAGGACAUGUGUGGGGUUCAGUCAAUACAACGGCAGAUGGAGCAGUUUCAGAUGAAAGAGCAGGAAGCGGUGAAGUCUACACAUUUUCCUUGCACCUUGCCAGAUACACAUCUUAGGGACCAAGAGUCAAAAGGGCAGCAAAGCCCCAGAGGAGUGUUAAUGCAACAGGUGAAGGACAGUGAGGUGAAGACACAGCAGAAGGACCAGCGAACAUCAGAAGUGAGCUCCAGAAUAUCUCCAACAUCUCAGCUCACACAAGUCCCAUCGAAACAGACCACUAGCAUCACCUCUGCAUCUCUCAGGAGCCAGUCCCCGGACAAUUCUCUCAAACUCUCUGACUAUGCACCCACCCCAGCCUCCUCGCCGAGCUCCCUAUCUCCUGCCCAGUCUCCUAGAGAGUCUCCAUCAUCUAACCCUUCUCCUACACACUUCUGCAUCCGGAGUGCCUCUGGAGGAAAAGCAAAGAGAGGUGCCACCAUUACAAUUACCCCCAAGAAGACUGCCAGAGGAGGAGUGAAAGCGGUCACACCCACAGGGUCCACAACAACAAAGACCCCAGCGCUGCAGGCCCAGAGUGCCUCUGCUGAGCCACCAAAAAAGAAAUACCCCACAGUGGAGGAAAUAGAAGUGAUAGGCGGAUAUCAGAAUCUGGAGAAGUCCUGUUUAGUCAAGAACAAAGGGUCUCCAAAGAAAGCGGCAAAAGUGUAUUUUGACGAGGAUCAGCUGGAGCAGGUGUGUGAGUACCCCUCAGAGUCGUCCAUGCUGGCAUGUACCCCAUACCCUCAUGACCUGGGCAACGAUGGGAAACCACAAGCAGAGGAGCCAACAGAAGAACAAAUGGAGGAGGAGCGAGUCAUGACCAAAACCACAAAGAAUGUGUGGAUGUCAACAGCUCGAGUUCUAAGAGCGGAUGAGGCUUGCCCUUGAUAGAAGACAACCAGCUCAAGAAAUUCUUAUGCAAUGAGAUCACCCGUGUUUUACUGAACAACACUGUUUCAUUGUCAUCAUGUUUAAUAUUACUUGGAUUUUAUGCAUAAUCAGUUUUUGGUGUCAUCAUGACAAAUGAGUGUUGUGCAAAAAAAGUACAUUAAAAUGUGGUUGAUGGAGUUGA